GACCCUGCAGUGCGCAGGCGAGCGCGGGGAGUACGCCAUGUCCUGAGAAGGGGCGAUUCUCAGGCUCUGGCAGUUACAGCUUCUCCUCACCCUGCCGAGCAACCAGGCCACGGGGCUCCGUGCAUCGCCACCUAGAGUGUUACCCUCUUCCUUGUUCACGGAGGUUCUCCGCAGUGUGUGAGAAAGAGGCCCUCUCUCAGAUGAAUGGAUAAAGAAAAUGCAGGACAUAUGGGGGGAGGAGCCAAGAUGGCCAAAUAGGAACAGCUCCGGUCUACAGCUCCCAGUGUGAGCGACACAGAAGACAGGUGAUUUCUGCAUUUCCAUCUGAGGCAAGAAGAAUAAAUGUCUUUGGUGGAACUUUUGCUCUGGUGGAACUGCUUUUCUAGAACUGCUCUACACAUAUUUGAGGGCCAGUGUCCUUAACUGAGUCUUGUAUAUUUGAGAAGCCGUAUGCCAUAAUGUAUUCUGGAGCACACUUCUUAGAUUUGAAUCUCAGCUAGCCCACUUACACACUUAGACCCAGAAAGAAGAGGGCAGCACACCUCAGGGCCAGCAGGAGGAAGGGGAGUCAUCCAGGACAUGUACUCUCAACUGGCGGUUGGGAAGAAGCCAGAAAGAGAUAGACAUGUGGGUGGAAGUCUUUACUGGGGUCCAUCUUGUUACCCAAGUGUCGCAGCAUCCCUGGAAGUGUCAGAGAGCCCUGGGAGUAUCCAGGUGGCCCGGGGUCAGACAGCAGUCCUGCCCUGCACUUUCACUACCAGCGCUGCCCUCAUUAACCUCAAUGUCAUUUGGAUGGUCACUCCUCUCUCCAAUGCCAACCAACCUGAACAGGUCAUCCUGUAUCAGGGUGGACAGAUGUUUGAUGGUGCCCCCCGGUUCCACGGUAGGGUAGGAUUUACAGGCACCAUGCCAGCUACCAAUGUCUCUAUCUUCAUUAAUAACACUCAGUUAUCAGAUACUGGCACCUACCAGUGCCUGGUCAACAACCUUCCAGACAUAGGGGGCAGGAACAUUGGGGUCACCGGUCUCACAGUGUUAGUUCCCCCUUCUGCCCCACACUGCCAAAUCCAAGGAUCCCAGGAUAUUGGCAGCGAUGUCAUCCUGCUCUGUAGCUCAGAGGAAGGCAUUCCUCGACCAACUUACCUUUGGGAGAAGUUAGACAAUACCCUCAAACUACCUCCAACAGCUACUCAGGACCAGGUCCAGGGAACAGUCACCAUCCGGAACAUCAGUGCCCUGUCUUCAGGUUUGUACCAGUGCGUGGCUUCUAAUGCUAUUGGAACCAGCACCUGUCUUCUGGAUCUCCAGGUUAUUUCACCCCAGCCCAGGAACAUUGGACUAAUAGCUGGAGCCAUUGGCACUGGUGCAGUUAUUAUCAUUUUUUGCAUUGCACUAAUUUUAGGGGCAUUCUUUUACUGGAGAAGCAAAAAUAAAGAGGAGGAAGAAGAAGAAAUUCCUAAUGAAAUAAGAGAGGAUGAUCUUCCACCCAAGUGUUCUUCUGCCAAAGCAUUUCACACUGAGAUUUCCUCCUCGGACAACAACACACUAACCUCUUCCAAUACCUACAACAGUCGAUACUGGAGCAACAAUCCAAAAGUUCAUAGAAACACAGAGUCAGUCAACCACUUCAGUGACUUGGGCCAGUCUUUCUCUUUCCACUCAGGCAAUGCCAACAUACCAUCCAUUUAUGCUAAUGGGACCCAUCUGGUCCCGGGUCAACAUAAGACUCUGGUAGUGACAGCCAACAGAGGGUCAUCACCACAGGUGAUGUCCAGGAGCAAUGGCUCAGUCAGUAGGAAGCCUCGGCCUCCACACACUCAUUCCUACACCAUCAGCCACGCAACGCUGGAACGAAUUGGUGCAGUACCUGUCAUGGUACCAGCCCAGAGUCGGGCCGGGUCCUUGGUAUAGGACAUGAGGAAAUGUUGUGUUCAGAAAUGAAUAAAUGGAAUGCCCUCAUACAAGGGGGAGGGUGGGGUGGGGAGUGCUGGGAAAGAAACACUUCCUUAUAAUUAGUAAAAUGCACAAAGAAGAAGACAGUGCUGUUACUUGGCCACUAAGAUGUGUAAAAUGGACUGGAAUGCUCCAUCAUGAAGACUUGCUUCCCCACCACAGAUGUCCUGGGAUUCUGCUGGAUCUCAAAGAUGUGCCAAGCCAAGGAAAAAGAUAUAAGAGCAGAAUAGCACUUAAAAUCCAAACUGCCGCCCAGAUGGGCUUGUUCUUCAUGCCUAACUUAAUAAUUUUUAAGAGACUAAAGUGCCAGAUGGAGUUUAAAUAUUGAAAUUAUUUUAAAAGGUAGGUGUCUUUAAGAAAAUAACAAGCAACCCUGUGAUAUGUUCCGUCUCUCCCAAUUCCCUCGUUAUAUAGAGGGCUUAAUGGUAUAAAUGGUUAAUAUUGGUCCCAACAGGGCUGACUCUUCUAUCAUAUAAUCAAAACUUUUUACAUGAGCAAAAUUCAGUAAGAAAUGGGGGAAGACAAAGGAAACGUCUUUGAGAAGCCCCUUCAUAUUUAUUUAUUUAUCUCUUCCUGAACCAUGAAUUUCAUAUGUGGAAUAUUGCUAUAUUGACAGAUUCUUGCCUGUCUGUGUUAUUCUAGGAUCUGUUACAGGUCCAUGGCAAUUACUGUUUAUUUUUUCCUGGAAAAAUAUUUUUUUAUAAAAGGCUUUUUUUUAAAAAUACAUGAGAGGCAUUGGGCUAAGAAAGAAAAGACUGUUGUAUAAUACCUUGUUCAAUGGUUGUAUUUAGUGAGCUCAUAGAGGUCCAGCAUAUCAUGACCGAGCUAGGUUGUGUGGGCAGGAAGGUAGGGCUAAGGGGUUGUAGCCUUGCUGGGCAGCCUCUCAGAGCAAGGUUGUUCAGAUCUCCCUUGCUAUUACAGUAGGUUACUAUUAAUGAGGGCAGCACCUGAUGCCUUUUGUACUGAGGUAUGUAACUUUCUCCUUAUUUGACAAGUAGAGGUUAACUUACUUGUCAGGGAGGGCAGACGUUUUUUUGUUUUGUUUCGUUUUUCGAAAUAAUGCUUUUUGCAAAAGAGGUAAGACUGAGACUAAAGGUGUUAUCUUCUGGUGUGCUCCUGGAAGUGUCUACCCUACAUUUGUGUCAGCUCAGGGUUGCAGUGUUGCCCAGAUGCAUUUUACAUCACUGUAAAGAGAUUACUUUUGUGGUUACUACCUGGCUUGGCUGGCCUUGCGGUUCACCAGAUUAAUUUACAAACUCCCCCACUUUAUUUUGUGCUAUGUAGAUCUGGCCAUACCUGUAUUAGUGACUGUCUUGCCUUAACCACACUUAAGCAACCCACAAAUUUCUUCCCAGAUUUGUUUCCUAGAUUACUUAUGAUACUCAUCCCAUGUCUCAAUAAGAGUGUCUUUUCUUUCUGGAUGUGUUCUCUUACUCCCUCUUACCACCAUACUUUUUGCUCUCUUCUGCAAGCGUAGUCUUCACAGGGAGUGGCUUCCUGACAUUUUUUUCAGUUAUGUGAAUGAAUGGAAACCAACAGCUGCUGCAAACACUGUUUUUCCAAGAAGGCUACACUCAGAACCUAACCAUUGCCAACCAUUUCAGUAUUGAUAAAAAGCUGAAUUUACUUUAGCAUUACUUAUUUUUUUUUUCCAUUUGAUGGUUCUUACUUUGUAAAAAUUUAAAUAAAUGAAUGUCUAUACUUUUUAUAAAGAAGUGAAAAUACCAUGACACUGAAAAGAUGAUGCUAUCAGAUGCUGUUUAGAAAGCAUUUAUCUUGCAUUUCUUUAUUCUUUCUAAUUAUCUAAAAUUCAAUAAAAUUUUAUUCAUAUAAAA